AUGCAAGGCGACAUCCGCGUCGGCCUCAUCUUCCACCACCUCAACGGCUACAUUGCGCUCGACUGGCACCACUUGACGUGCUGCGAGAACCCGUGGCAUCUCCCGACGCUCGAGGGCUUUGAACUCCUCAGCGACAAUGAGAAAACCGAAGUCGGGGCAUAA